UGUAAUUAUGCAAAUCGAAGCUCUACGAAAGCCUCUUUUCCACUUAACAAUUGUUGGCGCAGAGCCCGAUUUACAGAGUAAAACCAUCAACUUUUGUUUGCAAAAGAAAGUGCUGCUUAGUAAAAAAGUGUACAAACAUAAGUUUAUUCGAAAUUUUGAGGAAUUCAAAGCGCUUCACGAUGGACUAGUGGAUUUUUUUUGGAAGAUUCUUAUUCCAGCUUUACCAAAAAAGCCUUCUUUCCGAUUUUUAAAGGAUUUAGAUUAUGUAGAGGAAUACAAGCUGGCACUCAAUGUUUUUUUAGUUCGUAUUCAAAAUGUCGACGAACUAUUAGAUUCUCUUUUGCUUAGGAAAUUUUGUGAUCCGCAUCUUCUUGAGUUUUUGCAUACAGCUGAUCGUCGGAUUGGCUUUUCCUCGGAUCCGUCCUUUUUGCUACAAAAAUUUGCGAAAACUUUAUCUUUUUUUCAUCGUUCAAGCCAAAGUGGCAUUCUUUGUAAUCCAAAAUUUCUAAAUAUUCCCGAUAAAAAUGAGUACGAUGCCAUCUUUGAAAAAAUUUUAUUGGUGCAAACCAACUUUAAGGCGUUGGACACCUUAUUUGAGCAAAAGAAUAAUGCGGAGUUACACGGCCAUCUCCAACUAUUUGACUUCAUUAUUGCAAGAUAUCGAGCAUCCUACGAGCGCAAUGGAAUAUUUCUCUCGCCAUUACGCAUCUCUAUGCGAUCUUCAAAAUAGACAAGAAAAAACAGUUCAGUUCUGUUUGGGCAGCUGUAUUUCUCAAACCUAUCAAAACUUCGAAAACAUGAAACCAAUAAUGAACCACCGCACAGUUGCUCUAAUAAAAUUCCGCAAAGUUUAUUGGCGGUGCGCAGAAGACACGCACCAAUUACCAAAGGGAAAUCAGCUAAAGGAGGAGUACUGCGAGGCCAGCAAGUGCAUGAGCCGAAACUGGCAAGAACUGCAGGACUACAGCGAGAAGCAUUUAGUGAAAAAUAUAAAAAUUUUUAUUGCACAACAACUACAGCUCGAGGGGGGGAAGUUGUCGUAUUUGCAAAAGGCGCUGGAGGAGGUUGCACUGACCAGCGCCGCCUCACGAGAAUUUAAUAAAGCACGUGAUAAAAAUUAG